AUGGCAGAAGCUGGGUCUUCAGAAAUUAAGAGAUCCCGAAUAAGUUUGUCACUCAGUAAAAAUAAGGAAAAAAAAGGAACAACAAAAAAGCUGGAACAUAAAGGAACACCAUCUAUACCUUCAGCAUCCUCCUCUCUUAUUUCCUUUUUUAACAAUGUUCCCCCUGCCAAAAUUACCUGUCCCGUGUGUGGGCAAAUGGUGCCACGAUUCAGAAUCAAUGAGCACAUGGAUGAAGCAUGUCAGAGAAACCAUGGUGAGAUUGGCGUUAUUGAUUCAACACUCAACUCUCUUAGGAACGAGAGUCCUGCAGCUGCAAAUGUGAACAAUAAUUCCAGCUCAUAUUUUUCAAAAAACCUCUUAAAUCUAGAAGCUAGUCCUUCCAAAAGCAGUUUAUUGAAAAUGGAAGGGAGUGCAGCACAACAAAUUAGUCCUUAUUUUAGCAAUAAAAGUUCAGUCCAUAGUGUUAACAAUGAACCACAGGCUCAAACAGUUAAAAUAAUCUCUUUGGGAAGCUUGUCAUCUAAACUGUCCAGAAGAUGUAUCCAGGGAGGAAAACAGAUCAUGUAUAAAGAGAUUGACUCUUCGCCUCCAGCUGUUCACAAUAUGGGCGAAAGUGCUGCAGCAUGGGAUGGUGAUGAUGAUAAGAUUUUUGCUAGGCAUGGUUCUCAGAAAGAAAAUCAUCUUGCUCAGAGAGAGUGCCAGGAACAAAAUUUUUCGAAGGAGAAACCUGAAUUUCAAGAAGAAAUAAACAAGUGCAAUGGAGAAAACCUUGUGGAUAUUGUUCGAGUAUCAUUACCAGCUGAUUACAUUAAUGGCAGAAGGUUACCAAUUGGUUCAAGGAGCACCAAAACAGAAAGUAGGUCUGAAAGUGUGAUACUUAGUCCUGAUAAAUUUGAAACACAUCUAGCCAUUUAUACUUCAGCAGAACUGGCCAGUAGUUUGGAAGUCAAGAUUCAGCCUCACACUCAGAUUGUUCCUUCCUCCAAGUCAGAAGUGAAUUGUGGUACACAAAAUGGCUUAAGCAAGGGUGAUGUACAGGUACUUCCUGUGGAAGUUCAAGAAGACUUUAAACAUGAGAUUAAUCAUACUUCGUCAGAAACUGUGGAAAAGGUAGAAUUUCAAAAUUCCUUUGGGGAUAUUUUAGACAAAAUAAAUGAGGUUAGUUCUGUGCCCGGCUCUCCUGGUCACCCAUAUUACCUCCAGAAUUUUUUAGUGGUGCUACGAGCAGUCUUGGAGAACGAAGAUGAUGUCAGACUUUUUGAUGAGCAAGACAUGAGCAUUAUAACGAAGUUCUGCAAAUUAUCAGUUGGUGGGCAGAAGUUAUAUGUCAGACUUUUUCAACGCAAGCUGAACUGGUUAAAGGUGAACAAAAUAGAGUAUGGAGAGAUAAGUAUGGAUUUGUCACCAAUAAUUGAAGAACUGGCUGAAGCCAGAUUUCUGCAAACAGAAUCUGAACUGGAAGACCUGUGUGAAGGGUUGGAUUUGCUUUCAGCCCCUGAGCUAAAAACACUAGCAAAGAUCUUUCACUUGCCAAACCCAAAUGGUCAGAAACAGCAACUUGUGGAUGAUUUUCUGAGGUUGGCAAAACAACGUUCAGUCUUCGGCAGAAGUCAGGCUGGUAUUGGGACAGUGAUUUUAAAAAGGGUGAAGGACUUGGCUGGAAAAUCUGUGAGGGUCUGUAAAGGCCCUCGGGCUGUCUUUUCUCGAAUUCUGCUGCUAUUUUCACUGUCUGAGUCGAUGGAGGAUGAAGAAGCCGGUAGUGCUGGCCAAGGCCAGCUCUCCACAGUCCUUAUGGUAAACAUGGGGCGUAUGGUAUUCCCCAGUUACACUGUAAAUAGGAAAACACAGGUCUUCCAGGACAGAGAAGAUCUUAUCAGGUAUGCAACUGCUGCUCAUCUAUCAAAUGAUAUAGCCACUGCAAUGGUAAAUGGGAACUGGGAAGAAGCUAAUCAUCUAUAUAUGUGUGCUAAAGAAACCUGGAAUGAACUGAAAAAUCACCCUUCUUUGAGCUAUCACAGAGUUUUACCUGAGUUUCUGCGGCAUUUCACAGUUGGCUGGGUGUAUACAAGAAUCCUUUCUCAAGGUGUUGAAAUUUUGCAGAGACUUCACAUGUAUGAGGAAGCGGUGCAGGAGCUGCAGACUCUUCUGGCUCAGGAUGUGUAUUGUACUGACAGCAGAGGGCGAUGGUGGGAUCGCCUGGCUCUGAAUUUACAUCAGCACUUGAAAAACACUAAGAAGGCCAUUGACUGCAUUAGAAAUGGGCUGGCAGACCCGUUUGUACGUACUGGGCAUCGUCUCUCUCUCUAUCAACGGGCCCUACGAAUCAGAGACUCUCCAAGCUGCAAGCAGUUCAGAUGCCUGUUUCAUGAUCUGCCAGUCGUAACUGUGGAGGAUGUGGCACAUGUUACGAUCAAAGGAAAGAUGUGUCCUCAGAUGGGAAUGGGAAAAUCUGUAUUUCUAAUGGAGGAUAUUGGUGAUGAAGAAGGAGGUGAAGACUGCAGUGUAUCCACAGUCAUGUGCUCAGUUGAGGAGCUGGCAUUAACUCAUUACAGACAAAAUGGUUUUGAUCAGGGUAACAGUAACUUUUUUUUUUACAGUAAAGUAACUGUGGGA